GCACCAUGAUUCCCUCCUCGGUGGGCCUCGCGGAGCUUCGGCAACGCAUCGAUGAACUCACGCGUUUUCUCGCUGCCACUCUGAGCAUCGCAAACGCGCACACGGUGGAGUUUUACACGCACGACGUGUGGAGUCGUUUCGUGGCCGUGUCGCCCGAGGAGGUGCUGGCUGCAAUCGGCGCGAGCGGCCACCAGGGGGCGCCACAGCUCAAAAAACAAAGUGGAUCCAUAGAGCAACGCAGGACCACAUUUGGGUUUUGCCAAGACACAAACCGGCUGCUUGAUGCGCACGAACUGUUGCGUGCAGCCAAGGCCCACUCGCUUCCCGGGCUGGGGGUCUGCAUAAGCCGGGAUGAGCUUCUGGAGGCCCUCAGACGAAAGCCAUCGGAAUUAGGUGCUGAGACGGGCAUUGAAUUGGAGCCGGAUGAGUUCAUGAACACGAAGAAGUCGCAUGAGGUGCAGUCCAUGGCGGAGGUGGUGGACUGUUUGGCCAAGAGCUGUGGAGUCAAACAGGUGAUAGACGUGGGUUCGGGGAAGGGCUACCUGAGCUCCUUCCUGUCCCUGCAGCACGGCCUCCGCGUCUUCGGCAUCGACUCGUCCAGCACCAACACCCACGGGGCGCAGGAGAGGAACCGCAAAGUGAAGAAGUUCUCCAAGGUGUACCAGAAACACAGGAAGGCUGCAAAAGGAGAGGCAGAGCACCAGGUGGUCACAGAAAUAAAAGGUGAAGAAGAUGAGUCCCAGAAGGAUACGCUGCAGACACCAGACUCGAACCCCAUAGAGGAGUUCUUCUUAAGUGCCAUGUCGUUGGAGGUGAUACAGUCUGGGAGAACUUCCCCCAGCUCACUGACUGAUGAGGAGAGGCAGAGGAGGAAGAGGGAGAACCUCGAGAGGAAAGCCCUGAGCAGAAACGGCGCAACCAGUGCCGUCUUUUCACCGCUCACGUCUUACGUUACCGCCGAAACGGAGCUGAGGGAGCUCAUCGAUGAGCUGGAGGAUGCGGUCCUGGUGGGCCUGCACACGUGCGGCGACCUGGCGCCCAGCACGCUCAGAAUGUUUGCGGCAAAAGCGGAGCUGCUCGCCGUCUGCAGCGUGGGAUGCUGCUACAACAAGCUGUCGGAGGAGUUUGAGCCCGACGCACAGGAUUGUUCGCGCGGUGCGUUCGGGUUCCCUCUGAGUCAGCACCUCCGCCGCCACUCGUGGUUCUGCGGCAGAAACGCCAGGAUGUCAGCGUGCUUGGCGCUGGAAAGAGUUGCGGUGGGCCACGGGAUUCAGAUGGAUUCGCUGUUCUAUCGGGCGGUCCUGCAUGUUAUUCUCCGGGACCACUACGGCGCCUAUAAAAGUGAAAAGCGAGUGGGGAACGUCUACUCCAAGGCGAAAUCCUUCGUGGAUUACGUUCGACGGGCUCUUUGCAAACUGGAUCUGGAUGAUUCACAGCUUUCCGAUGGGGACAUUCAGCGGUACCACGACGCCCAUGUGUCGCGCCAGCCCGAGAUCCGCGCUUUUAAUCUGUUGAAGGUGACCCUGGCUCCUUGCAUUGAAGGCCUCAUUCUCCUGGACCGCCUCUGCUACCUGAAAGAGCAGGACAAGGGAUCUUUUGCCACUUUGGUGCAACUCUUUGACCCGCUUCUGUCGCCGAGAUGUUACGCCGUCGUCGCACUGAAGAACUGAUAUACUUUUGGAAUAAAGUGAGAUUUUUUAUUUUUUUUUUACGACUAAGAGCGUCACUCCAGAGGUCAUGCAACACGUGCUGGAAAACACCUGGAAAAAGCACCAGUCCAGUUUGAUUGAGCUAUGUCAGGUUUUUUUUUCUUUUUCUUUUCAUCUUGACGUUGGAGCGUGUCUCGAAAACGCUCGUUUUUCAGAGGCGCUCGGGCAGCUGGGCCCUUUGGGGGUGUUUUUGGCAAAACCUGGAUCGCCACGCAGGUCUGGAAAGACCAUCGCGAAGCUCCCCGGUGUCGGAGGAAGAGGCCUUGACCUCUCUUUAAUCUGUACAGCUGUUUUGCUCGCUCCCUCAAUAAAUCUUACAUGCUUGGAAAUGAA